CAAAGGAGGCCACACCCACAGAGUAGGUUCGAACAAUUUUUGAAACCCACCACUGCUUGUGCACCUCCAGAGCCCAUGGCCUCCUGUGCCAGAGUCCACGCCUGCCAGUUAACACCCACCUCCCUGCAACUUCCCCCUUGGCCUUCUGGCUGGCCGUCUCCUAGUGCGGUGAAAGAGAAGGUUCCACGGAGGGGGCAUGGAGCUGCCUCUGGGGCUGUGCUCAGGCAGGGCGGGCAUCUCCUUUCAACGGGGCCAAGUGGACCAGAGCAGCUGGGCACUGACCAGCCAAGCAAGGCAAACUCAGGAGCCUUCAGCCCCUCCCUUCCUCAGGGGUGGGGAGGGGGCCUCAGAAAGGGACAAGACAGAGCCAAAUAAAUAGGACUCCUCCCUCCCAGGAAGAGAGCGGGGCAGAGCCCCCUAAGCACAGGCUGUUUGAAAGGUUCAAGAUGCCUCAACCAGCAAAGCCACCGACAGGCAGAAAACAGAGGUGGGAAACUCCUAAGAGAAGGCAUGCUGGUCACCUUCUCUCCAGAACUACACCUAUCCUCCUCCCUUCCCCCCCCCCCAGAGAAUGUGGAGGGGGUCCAGGUGGGUGAGGCCCAACCAAAACCACUGAGCACGUGGCUCAGGCGGGCGGGGCCAAGAUAAGGUGGGGAUUUAUUAGGGACGCUACAGGUGCCAGCAGGUACCCAGUCCAGGUGGAAGCUUGCAAGAGCCAAACCAACAGGACGCGGCAUGGCGCUCUUCUCCCAGUGCCUGGAGCCGGUGGGCUUCCUGCAGUCGCUGCGCUCGCUGGCCCUGGGGGUCGUGUCCCAGCUGCAGGGCUCGGCCAGCGCCGAGGAGCUGGCUUUCGUGCGCAGAGAGGUGGAGCUGCUGGAACGCGAGCUGGCGGCGGGCCCGGGGCUGCUGGAGGAGGGCGGGCUGGACGCCUGCGAGGACUGCGUGGCCGCCGUCUUCGGACAGCUGUGCCUGGCAGUGCGGGCGCCGCCCGCCGCCGCGCCGCCGGAGAUCGAGCUCUUCGCGCAGGGCUGCGCGCGAGACAAACUGGAGCGCCGCCUGCUGGUCCUGUGGCGCCGCCUGCAGGGCAACGCCGCGCUGACCCUGCAGCGCCCCCUGCUGGAGCAGGCCGUGCAGCGCCACCGCCCGCGCCGCCCGCAGAUGGCGCUCUUCUGCCAGAAGCUGAACGCCGUGCUGGGCGCCGGGCUGCUGUGCCUGCUGUGCCAGGCGGGGCUGGGCAAGCGCGACCCGGCGCUGCUGCUGGGCGUCUGGGACCCGCGCGUGGCCGCGCUGCACAAGCGCAUGAAGGAGGCGCUGGGCCAGUGCAAGGGCUACUUCCGCCAGCAGGCCCAGGAGGACGUGGAGCGCGCCCUGGAGCAGGCGGCCUCCCCCGACCCGGCUCAGCUGGCCGCCUCGCUCCUGCGCCGGCUGGAGCAGAGCUUCGACUGGCUCUGCUGGGCCGUCAUGGCCUGGCGGGCGGAGGGCGAGGAGGAGGCGGGCGAGGCGGAGGAGGCGGGCGGCGGGGGGGUGCUGGCCCAGGGCAACUUCGUGACGGCGCGGGGCGGCGCGGGGCUCCGCCUGGUGGCCUGCUACCGGGAGAGCCCCUCGGCCCUGGACAGGGCUCGCACCAACCAGCUGAUCGGCGAGCUGGAGUGGAAGCUGCCCAACCCGCCGCCCGAGGUCUACGCCAGCCUGGAAGCCGAGCCGGCCCGCGCCCGCGGCUACCUCGCCCGCCGCAUGCUGCAGAAGCUGGCCGAAGGGCUGGGGCCCGGCGUCUCCCUCCUGGUGGUGCCGGGGAAGCUGGAGAUGAAGAGCAGCUUCCCGCUGGCCGCCAGCCUCCUGCACGAGUACCACCACCGCCUGGCCUCGGGCACCGUCUGCAUCUUCGCCUGAGCCCAAGAAGCCAGGGGGCUCCCGCGGCCCCGGCUGCCUAGCGGCCGACUCAAGCAGCCCGCAAUAAAAGCCUGUUCUCCCGAA